CCUUGACGCAAGACACAUUUCCUGCUUCUCGCAAGGUAAGCUGUUGCGCAGUGCGUUGUAAGCGUCGUAAAACGCCCGUUUGUUCCUUCCGAGUUCUCGAGCUAGUUUUUCGCGAGCUUUCCGCAGUUUUGAUGCGCGCGAGGCUCUCUUUGCGAACUGUGUGCGUCCGCGACCGGAAAUGCAUCACAAAAGGAUACCUUUCAACUUGCCUGUUCAACGUAACGGGUCAACUGUCCCGUACGCCAGAGAAAAAGUCGAAACGGUCGCGUCGUGUGUGAAAAGGCCCGCGAGGAGUUGGCAGCUGCCCGAAGUGCUGCGGCAGAAAGCUGGCAACUUCCAGAGCAAGCGCUAAAUAGUUGUUCUUGCUUCUUCGCGAAUGCCUUUCGCCCGUUUCGGCGGAUUCACACCUGGUUCACCUCAACCGUCACAGCUGAGCUUCACACACCCUGCGGGACGGCGUCUCGCUGUCGCUGAAGAGCGAGUGUUUUCAUUUUCCAAGCGUCCAAUCUCUCGCUGCAACCAUGGGGGCCAAGGCAAGCAGGAUGCGCACCAAGGAGGAGGCCUGCAGGGGGUCUGCAAAUCCAUCCCACAAAGGCUUGCCUGCAGAUCAGAUUCUCUCGAGGCCCACCACGGCGUAUCAAGAUCAGAAGCCCGGAACCUCGGGUCUCCGCAAAAAAACAAAGGUGUUCAUGCAGAAGGACUAUCUUGCGAACUUUGCCCAGAGUGUUUUCAAUUGUCUCCCCGAGGAAGAGAAGAAAGGCGGCACACUGCUUGUCAGUGGCGACGGGCGAUUCUUCUCUCAUGAGGCGAUCUACGAAAUUUGCUCAAUCGCAGCUGGAAACGGCGUCGGUCGCGUCUGGAUCGGUCUCAAUGGGCUCGCGUCAACCCCUGCAUGCAGUGCCAUCAUUCGAGAGCGCGAAAAUGGAAUUUGCUUCGGAGGGUUUCUCCUCACUGCGUCUCAUAACCCUGGCGGCAUCGACGAGGAUUUUGGUGUCAAGUACGACACUGCCAAUGGCGCCCCUGGGUACGAGGCCCUCAUGAACGAGGUGUGGGAGAAAUCCAAAACGAUUUCGACGAUCAAAUACGCAAAGCUUCCGAAAUUCUCUAUCGACAAGCUCGGCGUCCAAGUCAACAUCGAUGGAGCUUUUCAGGUCGAAGUCAUUGACCCCAUCGAGGACUGGCUGAAGCUGAUGAAGGAGGCCUUCCACUUCCCUGCAAUCAAGAGGCUGUUGGCUCUCCCCCAUUUCUCCUUCGUGUAUGAUUCAAUGCAUGGCGUCUCCGGUCCGUAUGCCGAGAAGCUUUUCAUUGAAGAAUUCGGCGCAAAACGGGAGUGUCUCAUGAGACAGGAUCCCCUACCGGAUUUCGGAGGUCACCACCCAGACCCGAAUUUGACUUACGCGGAAGAGCUGGUGGCGAAAAUGAAAGUUCUACACCCCGACCAAGUUGAUGCAUCGACUCCGCUAUUCGGAGCUGCUGGAGAUGGCGACUGUGACCGCAACAUGAUUCUCGGGCGGGGAUUUUUUGUCACACCGUCAGACAGCGUCGCCCUCAUUGCUCUCUACGCUGAGAAGUGCAUCCCGUACUUCUUCGUUGAUAAGGCGACUGGGAAGGGAGGCCUGACGGGUUUGGCGCGUUCGAUGCCGACUUCGCGUGCUCUCGAUAACGUCGCCAAGAAACUCAACAAAGACGUCUACGAAACACCCACAGGUUGGAAGUAUUUCACGAACUUGAUGGACGCGAGUCGCAUCAGCAUUUGUGGCGAAGAGUCUUUCGGCACAGGAAGCGUCCACGUCCGAGAGAAAGAUGGGCUCUGGGCGGUUCUUGCGUGGCUUUCAAUUCUUGCGUACCGCAACGGCUGCAUGGGUGAUGUGGAGAAGGAACGUGAACUGUUGCAAGAAGGCAAAUCUGUAGACGUCUCUCCUCCAGCUACGAAGGAAACAGACUUUGUCUCCGUUCAGCAGAUCGUCGAGGAAUUCUGGAAAGAAUAUGGCAGAAACUUCUAUUGCAGAUACGACUUUGAGAACAAAGACAGUGCGUCUGCACAUGAGAUGCUUCAAGCUUUGGAGGAACUGUCGAAGAGCUCCCCAGCUGAGAUUACGGGCAAAGUCGCCUCUCACGUCGACGAGAAUCUCUUGAAAGAAAUGGAAAUCGAGUCCAUGGACUGGUUCAAGUACACCGACCCUGUCGACAAGCAGGUGUCUGACCACCAAGGCGUCCGGCUCUUCCUCAAGGGAGGCAGCCGCAUCAUUUGGAGGCUCUCAGGAACUGGAAGUACAGGGGCAACUAUUCGGGUGUACAUGGAGCGCUAUGAGCCGGAUGCGUCGAAAGUCCUGCAGGACGAGAGAACGGCUUUGAAAGAUAUUGCCGCGUUUGCUCUGCAGUUCUGCGACAUGAAGAAAUACAUUGGCACUGAGACGCCAACUGUCAUUACGUAAACGGGUGUUGCUGCUUUUUCCAGAAUCAAGGCGAAACGGUUUCGCGUGGCACUUGUGCAGAUAGACAUCUGGACGCGGAGAAUGCGUCUGCACUCUGUUGGCAAGUGCAGAACGCGCGUGCUGUAGGCCGCAAGAGAUACGUAUAUCACUGUGUAUCGGUAUGCAUGCAUGCAUGCAAGCCGACUUGCACGUAGAGACUUCGAAGAGACGAUCAAAUACACAUGUAGCCUCCAAGAGAAAGGUUAAAACCGCUCGCUGCGUC